GCGCUGCCAACAGCAGUGCGAUAGCCUUCUACGACGACAUCGCCGUAAUUCCAGAAUUCUAUACUCGACUGCCCAAUUUAACUUUUCGCAUUCCUUAUAGUCCUUUGACCUAAGAAAUGCCUUCGUUGAUACUACUACUCACGGCUUUUGCGUACGCGAUUCUGCUCAGUGAUAAGGUUACAGUCUCGCCAGUGGCCAGCUCUGCAGAUGUGCCCACAAGCCUAUCCUCUGUCAGCGAUAUUUCUGAGCCAGGGAAUUACUGUAGUGCCGAAACGCACAAGAAAAUAUUUUAUCCAAAAACGAGAGCAUGCACGGAAGCACGAGUUCCGUGCCCAGAUCCGGAAAAUAUCGAAGGCAUCGCUGUAAGAUACUGUUCUUGCAAAACCACAAUUUGGGAGACGCCAAACACAACCAAUUGCACACAUAAAUGGGUAUCUGAAUUGGAGUCGGCAAUUGAAAAGGGAGAUCCAGCAGAGCAAAUCAGCAAAAAAAUGGCAUCUGAUUUAGAAUAUACAUUGUCACGUCAAUUGUAUGGGGGAGAUAUUACUAAAAGUUUGCAGUUGUCUGAUGAUCUGCUUGAUUUGGCACGAAGUCAGUUUGACGCUGUGGAGGAUGAAUAUGAUCGAGAAGCUAGAGCGACAAACUUUACUGAGUCGUUCGGUUUAUAUGGUAAUUAUCUGCUAUCGCAACAAGCGCUUGAGGUACGGGAGGAGCUAACACCUUCGCUUUGUGAGGAUUACGCUGCGGUGUUGACGUCUUCGUUGAAGCAAAGCGUUUUAUCGUUGGGAAAUUAUAUUCUGAUUCCGGAGAAGAAGCUGCAGUAUGAUAACUGGGCCAUGAAGAUUGAUAUUCUUCAAUGGAAGGACACGUCACGAAAGUACUCUCCUGAUGAUCAGCUCAAACUUCUUACUGGAAAUAGCACAACAUCUACACCUUCUCGUGCUCCUACAGUGCAGUUUAGCGGAUUUUCUAAGUCACCAAUCAUCGAAUUACCACCAUUGAUCAUUUUGAAUAACACAGCGUCGUCCACAAACGAAUCAUCAGCACCCAGUUCUGCAGUUUUCCAUCUAGGAUCGCAGCCUGACACAGCAUCUUCGUAUACUCCCCUACGUCUAAGCUACCUCGUUUUCGCAAACCUCGGCCAAUUAAUUUAUGAGGAUGACGUCACUGUGGUGAACAGUCACAUUGCUUGCGUUUACGUUGGUGAUGGCACCAAGAGUAUAGACCUUCUGGAUGAUCAGCCAGCCACCUUGACUUUUUUUCACUUGAAGAAAGAUCUUGAACAUCCGAGCUGUGUAUCCGUGGACUUUGAUACGAGGAUGUUGAGCAACGAAACCUGCCGGCUUAUUUCAACAAGCUGGAGGAUGACUGAAUGUGCUUGCACUCACUUAGGAAGGUGA